UCCUAGCCUGUUAAGCUACCAGGCAGCUAGACAGAUGUAAGCUAGCCCAGAUAUAAAUUAGACAAAGAAACCUUGUGAAGAGACUGAGUGAAAAACAGUUCAAAGUAACGGAGGGUGAAAGGAGCGACUGUGACACAAAGCUACAUGCGUUACUCGAUAUAUAUGGAAGUAUGAAAUUGAAAGAGUGGAAUAUGAAGAUGGGGCCAUGAAGGAUCCUGUGAAAACUUAGGGGAAAAACAAAAAACUGCAUCUCUACAUUUCAACUAUUCAAGAGUGCUUAAAGAACGAAAGUGAGUGGUACUCCGAAGCCAGUGAUGUCACGGGUUCCCACCCCUCCUCCUCCUGGGGAGAUGUCAAGUGGACCUGUGGCAGAGAGCUGGUGUUACACACAGGUCAAAGUGGUGAAGUUUUCGUACAUGUGGACCAUAAACAACUUUAGUUUUUGCAGAGAAGAAAUGGGGGAGGUGUUGAAGAGCUCAACCUUCUCCUCUGGCCCUAAUGACAAGAUGAAAUGGUGUCUGCGAGUCAAUCCAAAGGGACUUGAUGAUGAAAGCAAAGAUUAUCUGUCAUUGUAUUUACUUCUUGUUAGUUGUCCAAAAAGUGAAGUCAGAGCAAAGUUCAAGUUUUCUUUGUUGAAUGCUAAAAGAGAAGAGACAAAAGCAAUGGAAAGCCAAAGAGCAUAUAGAUUUGUCCAAGGCAAAGACUGGGGCUUCAAAAAAUUCAUCAGGAGAGAUUUCCUGCUUGAUGAAGCCAACGGACUCUUACCCGAUGACAAGCUCACCCUGUUCUGUGAGGUGAGCGUUGUCCAGGACUCGGUUAACAUUUCGGGCCAGUCCAACAUGAACAUGCUGAAGGUACCAGAGUGUCAGCUGUCUGAUGACCUGGGGAACCUGUGGGAGUGUUCACGCUUCACAGACUGCAGUCUGUAUGUGGGAGGGCAGGAGUUCAAAGCCCACAAAUCCAUCCUUGCAGCGAGGUCACCAGUCUUUAAUGCUAUGUUUGAACAUGAAAUGGAGGAGAGUAAAAAGAACCGUGUUGACAUCAGUGACGUAGACCCAGAUGUCUUUAAGGAAAUGAUGGGCUUCAUUUAUACAGGAAAAGCCCCCAACCUGGAGAAGAUGGCCGACAAUUUGCUGGCAGCUGCAGAUAAAUACGCUCUGGAGCGUUUAAAGGUCAUGUGUGAAGAGGCCCUGUGCAACAGCCUUUCAGUGGAGAAUGUGGCCGACACCCUCAUCCUAGCAGACUUGCACAGCGCCGAGCAGCUCAAAGCACAAGCCAUAGAUUUUAUCAACAGGUGCAGUGUCCUGAGACAGCUGGGCUGUAAAGAUGGAAAGAACUGGAAUAGCAAUCAUGCUACAGACAUAAUGGAGACUGCAGGCUGGAAGUCAAUGAUCCAAUCCCAUCCUCACUUGGUAGCCGAGGCCUUUCGUGCCCUGGCUUCAGCACAGUGCCCACCCUUUGGUCUUCCCAGGAAGCGCCUAAAACAGUCCUGACUGCCCGACUGUGCCCCAGGACUUUACUGGAGGUGUGAAGCAUGGGUUUACAAAGGAAGGACUAGCGAGGGUACCACUCUUUAUUUCCACCAAAACUGAACACACUUGAAUAAGGAAGAGUGGAGCUUUCUGGCCAGGGAUUUGGGAAGGCUGGCACGUGGACAUCAAUGGAUUGGGGGAAAAAAAAUUGGUAAAAUUGGUGUUGCUUGCUUGCUUUGCUGCCCCGAACUGGAUUCUGUUCAGCCCGGGUAGCAAGUCAAGCUGUCUGCUACUGUUUUUUUUUCCUGUAAUUUUAAAAAUGGCCUUAAUAUAUCUGCCAUUGCUCUGGAGCUGCUCCAGAGUACUUUGUCUAUUUUACUCUGUGCCUGCCUUGUCACAAAGACCAGGCCACCUCCAGGUUGCACUAGUUCCCAUGAAUAGUCAUUUUGAUAUGGAGUUCUAUAGGAACGUAACAAAGGUUUAACUAAAUGGGAAAUAUUAUAUAUUUGUAAUGUUUAGCCCGUUUUGUGACUAGACAUUAAAAAGCAUGAACACUUUCAGUGCAAGGUCAGUUCUUUACACUUUUUAAAAUAUGUGUAUGCCCCAUAUUGAUGGCACCAUUUCUAUGUAAAUGACAGUUGAACCAUCUUCAGAAGACCAGUGUACAAGAAAGUCUGUUCUAUUGCAUAUUUGUGGGGAAAAAUUGUAAUCUGCCAUUAUGAAGACCCAGUGUCAAUCCUUAUAAUACACGUAAGACGGAAAAGUGUCUAUACUUUGGCCCUAAUAUAUUAAAACAUUGGAAGUAUUUACUCAGUCUCCCAUUUGAAUGGCAUAUUCCAGAUCAUACGUCUGUGAACUGUUCUAGAUUAAAUUUUGAGAAUUUCUGUCUUUAGUAUUGCCAACUUGCAAAUAUUAUAUAUUCUCAAUAUAUUGUGGUAACUAAAAGUGGAGAGACUAAUGCAUGGUCAUGUUAUUGUCAAAAGAAAGUGUCCAAGUACCAAUUUUGUUUUUAACAAUUUAUUUUCUGCAAUUAUCUGACAUACUUGUGCAGAAUGAAAUGAAUUCAGUUUGUGCAAAAGAAUCCUCUAACAUGCUUGGACAUUCGUAGGAUGCUGAGCAUCUCUUCUACUGGCAAUGUUAUUCUGUGUUUGAAUGGGGGGGGUUGUCAUGUUUAUUCAGUCCGUCUCGUAUGUAGUGUGGUGUGACCGACACUUCAGAGGGUUUUGUAAAUUAAAAGAGUAGCAUCGUUUUUACAUGAUAUUACUCAUCAUUCAGAGUCAUGUUGAGAUGUUGAAACUUCUUUUGUUUGGAAGCAAAAAAGAUGAAGUUGUGGUCUGCAAGAAUGCCUGCAUUAACCCAUUAAACCAUUUUCCAGCAGUCUGAAGAAGCCAAGCUUUUUUUUUUUUUUCUUCUUUCUGUUUAAAUGUCAGUCAAAGGAAGGGUGAUUAUAUCCAUACUUUUUCUUUUCCUUGGGCAUGUUAAUGAUGUGUCAGGCUGAGGUGAUUAUGUGUUUUCUGUCUCCACUGGUUUCCUUUUAAUUAUAAGAUUAGAAGACAACACCGUGAUAAUCAAAAGAAAAUGUUCUUAAACUGGAGCAGAGUAACAUGUUUAAUGUCGAACCUUUUUUUACAGCACAUGAAAGCCAUUUUUUUUCCCCCUAUUGUUUUAUGUGUGAAUGCUCGGCACAAGCUCUAAUUAAAGUGAACACGAGGCUGCUCUUUCCUGCUGGAACAGAGACUUCUUCAUCAGCAGCUUGCUGAUCCUCGUCCGCCCCACUCAGCACAGAUCCUAGAAAAAGACCUGAUAGCAUCGAUGCUUUAGGACGCCUCUCCAACCUUUUAUCUUCCUCUCUCGCUUUCCUCCACUAGCUGUUACACUUGAAAGACAAACUGCCCGCAGUGGCAUCUUCACAAUUGAAGAUUUGUUCUGUCAUUUGGAUCGUAGGAAAUGAGAUUGUUAAAAAGGCAGUGGACAAUGACACUGGGCGAGGACUUUAGAUGGAUUAAUAUAAAGAUGGGGUUGAAUUUUUUUUUUGGUUUGUUUGUCACAUGAGUCCAAAUAUCGUGAAGCUGCAGCAGAGAGUCCUGAUAAAUGGACACAAGCAUUUCUAUCACACGGAUGUGACAGAUUGAUAUAAAAGCAACACGACUAAUAAUCUGUGGUACUCGAUGCAUCCCAGGAGGUAUUUUGUGAUGAACU